AUGUCCAACGGCAAACAGUUCUCUGGCACCUUGAUUCUGACGCUGUCCAGCUCUGAGGAGAUAGGUAUCCUGAUAAAGUCUCUCCAGGGAGGUGUUUCUCUUGACGCCGCAGAUACUGUUACCUUUUCUGUUGACGAUACAACCUUGACAGUUGCAAUGCAUGCUCCUACGCUGAAGCAGCUUCGAAAAAUGUAUGGAUCUUAUUGCGAGGCGGCUGACCUGGUUCUAGAAACGAUGUCUCGACUUGGAAGAACAACUGUUAAGGCCUAG